AUGGAUAAGGUCAAGAUUCCCCCCCUCAAGACUCUAACUCUUAAAUCCCGGCCCCUCACCAGCCACGCACUCGCCUUCUCCUGCGACGCUGAACUCGCAGUCGCAGCCGACGACUCUGUCCACGUCUUCCUCCCAGAGUUCCCGUCAGCAGAAGAACCAUCCGCACCAACACCGGCCCCUGCAGCGGACGACAACGCCCUCGCAGCGGAAAGCGGCCCAGCUUCGGUCCUUGCCGCCGCAGCGGCCGCGGCCAAGAAUGGCGAAAAGAUCUCCCGGCAACAGUACUACACUUACAUCCUCCGCAUCCCGACAUCUCGGAAACCCGAUCCGCGCAUGAACGCCGCGCUGUUUGCCGCCCAGGGUAUCACCGUGCCGUCAUAUGACGACGACUGGGCUGCUUCGGGAGGGGACGACCCUGCCUCUGCAUUCGAAGGCGUUGGGUCCGGCACGGUGACUGGGUACGGGGCGUCGCUGAACCAAGUUGUCGCAGUGGAAUGGUCCCCUAGUGGCGUCGGGCGUAAUUUGCGUGCCGUCCUGGCUGUGAUGCUCACUAACGGUGCCCUCAUCGUCAUCGGCGAAGGUGAUGGCGGUGGUGCCAUUGAUCUAGGUGCGCGGAUGAGGAACUUUAGGGACUGGAGGAUCCUCUGGGGUAUCGGAGCCAACAUUCCGCUUCCUGAUGCUAACAGCGACGAUGGAGCGUACCUCCCCAAGGACAAGAUCCGGUCGUUCGCAUGGGCACGGAGAAUCGAGACUGGCAGAGCGAUGUUGGCGUAUUCUACGGAUGAAGAGGAGGUUGUGGUAUUAAGCAUACAGUAUUACCUCCCUAGUGGGAAAGACGAUAGCUCGGACGCCGGAUCUUACGUAUGGGAGGUGGAGGAAGUUGCACGGUUUGACGGACGGGGACCGCAUCCCACCCCAGGUAUUAUGGAUCCGGAUUACGUGCCAUACACCUCCGCCUUCUCGGUAAAGUGGUCCCCGUGGCUCCUGACAGAGAGCACAAGGACGGCCAUCAUCUCUUACUGUGCGCGUAACUACGUCGGCUUCCGACGCAUCACGAUUCCUCGGGACUGGAAUCGCGGUGAGGGUCUCGAGGUUUGCUUGGAAGAGACGGAUUUGACGGGCUUCUGCGCCCACCUCGCUUCGGACGCCUUCGUCGAGUGGGAAGACGCCGUUUGGGAUCGCGAUGAAGCCAAGGUCUGCCGAGGCGUCAUCGCAAGUCCUUUCAAGGCACUGCCGUUCCAAGUUGCACUCAAUGCACCACAAGGGACGGCGAAGGAGGGCCAUGACACAAGUGUCUGUGGCACGACAUACCCCAAGGAUACUACCUCCUUGGAUGCUACGAAUCCUAUAUCGGGUAAGUUCUUGGUCUAUUUUUCCAUCUUUUCUCCUGACAUGUCGAAACCAACAAAAGCCCCUUCUUACUCGCUUGUCCGCCUCUCAGCCACGGCGACAAACGACAACUGGUUUCAACAGAAUGCUGCCGAGGCAUCCUCGGAUGCUCUUCCCAAAUGGGCCGAGACCAUCUCUUCCACGGUCAAAUUAUCCGUCCCCGUCGCAAUGCUGGGUCGCGGAGGUACUGCAGCGGUGGGGGAUGCCGAGUCCGUCGCAUCAGAUAGUUCUGAUUCCGAUGACGAUGACUUUGACUUGCCGGAAGAUGCGGGCGAGCAGAUUCACCCUUAUAGAGUUAGACUGUGGGGCUUGACAGUAUCGCCAGCUGGAGGGGUCAGCGCAGUGCUGAUGUCGCAGCACAGCACGCAGCAGCCGGAGAAGUCCAUCAAGACGAGAGUCAUGUUUGGCGGUCAGGUCAUGGCGUCUGCUCCAUCGUCUGCGGACCAGAUGGACGUGGACGGGGACGAUAGACGGAGGGAGAGACCACCAUUUUGGGAUCACCUAAGUACCGAGGCCAAGAUGUGGGAUUGGAUGUACGGUGCCGGACCUGCCGUCCCUGGAACCCUCGUAUCUGACGGAGAUGCGAGCGUUCGUGAUGUCUCUUUGAAGGAGAAUCUUCAAGAGGUCAAGGUAAAGCAGCGGUGCGUGUUUUGUCAGACGUCUCUGAGGGAGCUUGGGAAGGAGUCAAUUUGUGAGAUGGGGCAUAUCUUUGCCACUUGUGCCGCUACUGGCCUCGCCAUUCUUGCACCUGGUAUCUCAAGGGCGUGUGCUGUCUGCGGAUUGCGUUGUCUGGUGGCGAAAGAGGUUGUCAAGAUUGCGCAGGAACAUCUUGGUCCGGAUGCCAAGAUUGACGCCUCGGAGCAAGUUUGCGGUGGGUGCGGCGGAAAGUUUGUUGUGUAA